AUGAGACUUUUGUUUCUUUUUGUGGCUUGUUUUGUAGUUGCCACUAAUGGAGGAGUUAUUAAAGAUCUCUACAACCGCUUGAAAAACUACAAAACUGAUUAUUCAGUCGAUGAAAUUAUCCGAUUGCUUUUAAGAGGAACCAAACUAACGGUAAAACAUUUAUGUGGUGAAGUUGAUGAUACUCCAAUCGAAGAGGAUGUCACUUUUUGGGCUAUUAAUCGAGAAACCAAUGAAUUGCGACAAGUUUGGUUAAAAGAUCCCAAUAUUGCCCAAAAACUUGAUUUCAGUAAACCAGUUGCUUUUGUGAUUCACGGUUGGAUCGAUAAUGUGAACCGAACAUGGGUGCAAGAAACUGUCAAAGAUUACGUCAAAUUUGUCGAUACAAACGUAAUUGCUGUGGAUUGGAAUCGUCUUGCAAACUACGAAUAUGCCAUCAGUGCCAUGCGAAAUGUUCAUAUGGUUGCCGCGCAUCUUGCUGAUUUCAUCAAGUCACUCAGAGACGAUCAUCAAGUCAGUUUUGAUAACGUCACGUUAGUUGGUCACAGUUUGGGAGGACAAAUUUCAGGUUUAACUGGCGGGCUUCUUGAUGGAAAAAUCGGUCAAAUAUUCGCAUUAGAUCCUGCAGGACCACUUUUUACACAUCCCGUUGUCAGAAGCCUUAAAAAUCGUUUGGAUCCAACUGAUGCGCAAUUCGUUCAAGCAAUCUACACGACACGUUACAUUUUGGGAUGCGGAAUUGAAGUUGCGCAUCAAAACUUUAAGCCAAAUGUUGGAAUUGUUCCUCAACCGCCUUGUGUCGUGCCAACUGUAACGGGAGCUAUAAGUCCUGAGAUGGUUUCUUGCAGUCAUUCGCAUGCGACGGAGCUUUUCAGAUACGCGUUGAAUCCUGAACAUCACUUUUUGGGAAGAAAAUGUAGUUCAGGCAUGUCAUAUGUGACGGGCAUGUGCUUUGGUCAACAUUAUGAACGCUUGGGAAUUUAUGCCAAACGUGAGGAGCAUGGUAACUUUUAUUUGCAAACUUCAGCUGUCGCUCCAUACGUUUGA